GUAUUUUGGUAAUUUAAGGGGUUUAAUCCGAUUUGACACCCCAGAUUUUGGGAUUGGCACCCAAAAGCUUCUGCAUUUGGGGGUGUUUUCCCUUCCAAUUGGGGUUGAAUUUGAUUGCAACACUGACCCAUAUAUGGCCCCGUUGAGUAUUUUUGCUGAUGUGAUUGAUCUCGGAGCAAUGGGGGUUGUGAUGGUGGAGGAUGUGGUGGUUAUGUUGAAAAAAAUGGCGGAAGUGAAGGCAUUUGGAGACCUUUCUCUGUUCUUUUACGGGCUAGGCGUGGCAGUGUACUCCUUCGAAGGGGUUAGGAUGGUUCUGCCAUUGGAGUCGGAGGCGAAAGAUAAGGACAAGUUUGGGAAGGUUCUGGCUUGGACAAUGACAUUCAUUUCACUGAUGUAUGGAAGCUUUGGAGCUCUUGGUUAUUUUGCAUUUGGGGACCAUACCAAGGAUAUGAUCACGGCUAAUUACGGUGCAGGAUUGAUUAGUACCCUGGUGAAGCUUGGCCUUAUGGUGAAUCUGUUCUUCACAUUGCCUAUAAUGAUGAACCCGGUGUAUGAGAUUGUCGAAAGGCGGUUUUGGGGAGGGAGGUAUUGCUUGUGGAUGAGAUGGAUGCUGGUUUUGGCAGUGAUCUUUGUGGCAUUGUUGGUCCCCAAUUUCGCGGAUUUCAUGUCGUUGGUGGGGAGUGGUGUGUGCUGUGCAUUAGGGUUUGUGGUGCCGACUCUGUAUCAUCUGAUCGUGUUCAAGAGUGAGAUGGGGUGGGGGCAAUGGUGCUCUGAUGUGAGCAUUUUGGUGUUGGGAGUUGUUUCUUGGGGUUUCAGGAACUUGGUCUGCUCUCCAGGAGAUAUUUGCUGCCAAAGUAUAGGAGGGUUAUAAGAGUUGAUGUGUACUUUGAUUCGC